AUGGCCGGCGAGAAAUCGAAGAAAAGCGAUUUCAUCGAAAUCUCAUCUUCAGAAGAAUCAGAAUCAGAAUCGGAAUCAAAAUUUGAAUCGGAAUCAGAACCUCCGUCGCCGGAGAGUGAUGAAGAUUUCUCCGAGAGGAACAGUGAUGAUGGUGAGGAGGAGGAGGAGGACGGUGAUUCUUCUUGCAAGUGGAUUGAUUCGGAAGAUGAAAAAGAGGAUGAGUGUAAUCGGGCCGAUGAUGAUGAUGAAGAUUGUGUUUAUAAAGAUGAUUUAGAAUCAAUGUGCAAUAAAGUUGUUCAAAUUAUCAGAGGGAGGAGUGAUCUGCAAGAACUUAUGUUGGUGGAAUGUAAAGCGUAUCUAAGACGACAUGGGUUGAGACUGUCUGGAACUAAAGAAGAGUGCAUUGAAAGGAUCAAGGAGCACUUGAGGUUAAAAGAUGGAAAUGGCGAAACAUAUUAUCCCAGAUCGUCAUUUACGAUUGACUGCACGGGUGAUGUGUGCAAAGGAGAUGUCGUCUUGUUCAAUCAGAAAGUACACCAAAAUCGUUCAAAGAAGAUGCCUGGAAGCCGGAAUCUUUGGCGGAGGACAGUUGCCGGGAGAAUUGUCAAGGAAAGUUAUGGUGCUGCCAAGCAACAACAUACUUUCACGGUUGAAGUGCUUUGGUCCAAAGGGGCUAAGAGAUUAGAUCCAAUGUCCCCUCUACUCGUGAAGGGCCGCAACCUGUACAAAAUGAAGACAUUUAGACAGCGUUGGAAGAAUGAAAAAGAGAGAUUAAGAGUACUUGCUGAGAAGCAUAAACGAGGAGCCGCUGCAAGAACAGUUAGAGCCAUGAGAAAUGCAAAAGCAGUUGUGAAGACGAAAAACUCCUCAUCACAUAAGGGCCCCAAACGCCACAAGCAUUCCCAUCACAUAGGUCCUUCGCAUUCCCAUCGCAUAGGUCCUGGAAAAAGAGACAAUACAACUCGAAAUAAAAAACAUCCAAAUACAUGUUUGGAGCCGUCAGCCAAAAACAAGAAAUGGCAGCCUCGUCCGAAUUACAAUCCUUUUCAAACAACUUCGAGGUCAAAGCAAAAUUCUCAUACGAGGCAUCCAAACCCGGUUUUCCAACCCAAUGGAGUUCGAGAAUUCCAAGGUUUUUCGUACAAUUUUCCUGCCCAAAUCCCUUACCAUUUUCAGUCAAACGUUUUACCGAGAGAACAAGCGCAUCACUACUUUCCUUCUCCUCGAGGUUUUGUGCCCCCAGCUGAAUUACCAUGCUUGGAAAAUCCAUUUCCAUAUUGGAAAGGAUUAGGUCGAGGUAGUUAUCCACAUUCUAGGAGUUCAAAUGUGCUGAGAAAUGUGAACUACUUCCCCGGACUAAUAGACAAGCACAACCCAUCAUCUUACCCGUCAAGUGUCGACACACACAGAUGGAGAUGA